UCUGACGUUAUGAAUCAGUUUCUGACACUAUUGAAUAUCUCCCAAGUGGCUUGAAAUGGCUUGAUUGGUCUUACUACAAUUUUGAAUCUUUACCAGCAAGUUUUCAACCACGAAACCUUGUUGGGCUCAACAUGACUUUUAGUUCUCUUGUUGAAAUUUGCAAAGAACCAAAGGAAUUUGACAAGUUGACAGUUCUCAAUUUAAGUUUUUCAGAGCAUUUACUCCGAACACCCAAUUUUUCUGAUAUUCCAAAUCUGCAGAGGAUUGUACUGAAAGGUUGUUUAAGUUUGGUUGAGGUUCAUCCAUCCAUUGGCAAUCUCAAAAAGCUUAUUUCUCUGAAUAUGAAGAACUGUAAAAAUCUCAAGUUCUUACUGUGCAGUAUUCAAAUGGAAUCUCUUGAGAGCCUCAACCUGUCUAGUUGCGAGAAAUUAGAAGCUCUUCCAGAAAUUCAGGGGAAUAUGGAAUUGCUAUCAGAGCUUCUUUUGGGAUGUACUGCAAUUCGGGAACUUCCAUCAUCAAUAGGACGGCUAUUUGGCAUCAGCUUGCUUGAUUUGCAUUCAUGUAAAAAUCUUGUAAGACUUCCAGCCAGUAUUAGCAAGAUGAGAAAACUGAAAGUUUUGAUUCUUAAAGGCUGCUCAAAUCUGGCAACUUUUCCAGAAAGCCUAGGCGACCUAGAAGAGUUGGAGGAGCUCUAUGCUGGAAACACUGCCAUUUGGCGGCUACCGGAUUCUAUGGAAAAUUUAAGCAAACUUAAAAUCCUUUCAUUACAAAGCAGACGGGAGAUAAAGUCUCAAUUUGCUACAGGUAUGAUAUUCUAUUGUGCAUUUCAUGGUUUGAAGGGAUUGAAAAGUUUGGAUCUCAGUGGAUGCAAUUUAUCUGGUGACGAGGUUAAUGCUCUUUUGUGCUUGACUUCUUUAUUGGAACUUAACCUGAGCAGAAACAAGUUUAUUUAUCUACCUGAUAGCAUUAGUCUACUUCAUCGACUUCAAUGUCUCAACAUUACUCACUGUCAUGAACUUAAGAAACUUCCUCGAAGAAUAAAGGAAUUGUAUGCAGAAGAUUUUCUGGCCAAAGAAAGUAUUCUAGCUUUGUCGAUAUACCCGUCGUUGCAUUUGGUCUCAUUCACCAACUAUAGUUAUAACCAACAACAUUAUACAGAGAAGAGCACUGAUAACUCAGCUUUGGAUCAGAUUCUCAGGUUGUUUCUUUCAAAUAGUAUAGGUGAUUGGAUGACUUACUCUAUUAUCUUUCCUGAAUGUGCAAUUCCGACAUGGUUUAAACAUCAGAGUAUUGAGGAAAAAAUCUUGCUUAAACUGCCUCAGGAUUGGUAUGAUAAUAGGUUCGAGGGCUUUGCUAUAUGCUGUGUCACUCGCAUGGGGGCAGGUGUCCACGAUCCUAAUUUAGGGCUAUUAGGGAAGUAUGACCAUACUUUAAUCAAAGCCAAAUUGAUAUGCAAUAAUCAUCCUGAAGAGCUUAAAGUGCUGGAGAGAGAAUGUAAAGUCAGUACCACGAGUAGAGAUUAUAGCUGGUGUAUUUGCUUUGUCUACAUACCAUUGCAUUCUUUGCUGCAGUUGUCUGACACAGAAGUUAGAGAUUUUAACCAGUAUGGCCUAUACGAGGCAUCUAUCCAAGGGAAAUUGACGAGACAAUGGGGAGUUCAUUUGAUUUACAAGAAGUUGAGUCAAGUCAAAACGAGAAUUGGUCGAUCAGAAACAAUAACAGUGACAGUUGAAGAUAGGCUAUCAUUUAGAGAAAUGGUUCAAGCUUAUACCGGUUGCACAACUUUCGACCCCUAUCUAAGCGAUGACCCUAUGGCACCUGCGCUUGAGGCCCGACUGAAGUAGCUCCACAAGCCGGUGUCUUCAAGGGAUUACCAAGAGUUCAAAUUUAAGGUAACAUGAUAAACGCUUAUUAUUUCUAAUGUAAAGCAAGUUUUUCGAGUACAUUAGACUUUGAAUGCGAUGAAGAAUUAGGUUAAAUUAAGUAUUAAAAGAUAUUAUUAUGUGAAAAUUAAAAGGUUAAUAGAAAUAUAAGUAGCAUAAACUAAAAAUUAAAGUUGAAUAUGGAAAAUGUUGUGGAAAACUAAGGUGCCCGUAGGGAAAGCAUUAAAUAAAGUCUGCCUUGCACAAGACAUCUUAGUGAUAAAAGGAUGUUCAAUGUGCCAUAGUUGCUAUCUGUGUUAAGGGAAACUAGAAAGUAUCCGUUGAAUGUUAAGAGAUGUGUCUACUGUCUAGAAUCACGUAUGGAAAAAUAUUAUAUAUUCUAUAGGAUAUCUUAGGAUAUAUUGCUUUUAAUUAAUAGAAAAUUUACUUUUCAUUUUAAGCACAGAGAGUGAUUAUCUAUCAUGUCAUAAAUAGCCUAAGACUCCUAUAUAAGGAGUUCUGCUUCUAUACUAUUCAUUGGCAAAAAUAAAAAGGGUUCCUAGUUUUAUGUGGUACCAGAGUCUUUACGAUCUUAGUAGAGACUUAAGUAGCUUCCGCCUGCUAGCAGGAGGCCCUACACAGCCUUCCCAACCACUGUUUUUCUUCUUUCUUUCCUCGUUCGGGUGGCAGGUGCCACUUCUCUCUCCCGCAACCAUUCCUCUAUGACAUCGGAGCCCUCCUCUAUACCUUAAUUUUUUUUUGUCCUUGUUUUGCCGAUAAAGUUUUGUUGAUGAUGUCCGGGAGAUUUACAACACCAUACCUCCUUUGGUGACGAAGAAUAGGUUCUUUUCCCUAUUCAGUGCAAGAAUCACUUUUCAUUGUGUACUUCCUUUGAAGCCAAAGCAAGUUAUGCUACCAUUUGUCUACCUUUUAUCAUCGUUCGUGGAAUGCCGAUCAUCUCUUAAUCGUGAUUUUUUCCCCGAUCAUCUCUUAAUCGCUGCCUGAUUUUGCUUCUGCUAGGGGUUUAGAUUCCUGGUUAGCAGAUUGAUUGUACAGUGCAACUUACACUGGCACCGAGUAUUGGGCAUUUUUGGUUCUAAUUUUGCUGUCUGAUUGGUGUCCCAGUUUGCGUCUCGUAUCACUUAUCUCAAGAAGAAAUUGAUAAACGCGUUAAUUCCAUUUGGAAAUUAAGGAUUUUAAAUAGUACAAUAUUCUGCCUGAAUUUGCUUAUUUGUUUUGAUGUUAUAUAGUUAUCACGUGAAUUAGCAUCAGUUCUGCGCCUAGUGCAUUGGUCUAGUGGUAAGAGUGCAACAAGUGAUGUGUGUGUUAGACGCAUCUCAUGGAUUUGAUCUCUGCUGCAAACAUAAAACCUGGCAUUUAAGUGGACACUGGUAGAGUUGUAGGCCUAUUAUCCACGAAGUUUGGGAUCGUGUGUGGCUGGCCCUGGAGGAUUUCUUGGUCAUCAAAAAAGAAUUAGCUUUAGCUGUAAAACUUUGCAUGCUUAUUUUGAUCCGAAACUUAAGUUUUUUAAUCAAUUAAAUAGCACUAACAUAGUGCUGAUGUUUACAGAGUAUAUUUUAUGUAUAUUUUUAAUUCA